AUGCUUCCCCCGGAAGCCGAGAUGUGGACGGAUCAAGAGCUCGACGUCUACUUCGGAAGCAAUGGCGACAUUUGGCCAAGAGGAAAGAGGCCAGCAUGGUUCGGCCGACCCUCUACGGAGCCGGAUGCAAAGUCCCCUCCCAAACCUCAAGGUCACAUGUCCACAGAUGUUGGGGUUGAGCUUGCGCCAGGCCGGUUCGUCCUUCCAAGCGGUCAUGCACGAACACAGCCCGCAAGGGCUUUUCCGGCGCAGACCGUUAAAACUGGUUGGACGUUGUUGAGCACAGGGAGCGUCGUAGUGCUGGUUCUCCAAGCUCUCAUUCAAAGGUUCCUUCCUGGCUUCUUCAUGAACAGGGCAGUGAGGAAGGCCGGGCAAAGGCUGAAAAGGAAAGAGCCCGCCCCUGCACGGCCUCUCGAGGACUUGAAGCUGAACGAGGCGCUACCCCCAGCGUUACAAGCCGUAGAUUUGCCCCGACAUUACCCGUCAAAUGUCAAAUUUUUGUUGGAACGGGUGAAUGAGACGUCCAAGCGCCGAACAGGCAGUGCCGUCGUGGUAUACCUGCAACUCACAACCAAAAGCCGCGGAGACAAAUUUAGCAGGGAUGCCUGUGAUGACAUUGCUUCCACCCUCGGUGCCUUCGCUCGCAACGUCACCUACGACAAUGCCGCGUGCAAGUUCAUUUUGGAGGUCAGCGUGUCUGCAGUGGCAGACAUCAUCAAAGAAAGGUUUAACAUGUCAAGGCUGGUGGUGGUGCGACCACUACCUUUUGAAGACUUCACGUAUGUGGUCAAGGAGGUGGCGAAGCAGGGAAAUGACUUCCGGACGCUGAACAAGGUUCUUGCCGACGACAAGAUAGAGGAGGUGUUGAAGCACUACUACAUCCGCACAGGGGGCAACUUGCGCGCCUUGGGCGAGAUACUGGAAAACGUCUCCAGAGAAGGUCAGAAAGGUGCGGAUGCGGUCAUCAAGCGGGUUGAGCAGUGGUACAACCGGAGGGUGGAACCAAUUGAAAAGAAAUUGGAUGACCAGGAAGUGAAGGACUAUCUCCUCAAGGUGGCUGAGGCAGGACCCAUGGGGUUUCUCCCAAACAGCAAGCAGACGACCCAAAUGACUUUGAAUCUUCUUCGUGAGGAGCCAGCAGACUGCGUCCUGAGGAGUACAACCACUUUAAGAGUGGCUUUGAAGCAUUGGCAUUUCGUCGCCAAGCUCUUUGAAGAGGAUGAGCAGAAGUUGAGGGAUGCAGGAUACAUGUGA